UAGGCUGUAACCUAACUGGGUAGAGUCUUAGACUAACUUAGAACUCACUGCCACUCCGUCAUCGCCCAGCAAAUUCAGGGGGAAGAGUGGAAAGAGAAAAUGGCGGCUGGUGGUGCGAUGGGACGAAUCACGUGGCAGGACCCCCACUGCCCGCCCGCCGCCGCUGGAGCGCAAAGCACAACAAGUAAAUGCCCCUCUAUCUCCAUCUCGGCUCUCAUUCCCCUCUCUUUCCCCCCCCCAUUAUUACCACUAUUCUUCCCUUCUCAAAUCCCCCUCACCCUCACCCUCUCUCUUCCAAUUUCUUCCGCCUUUCUCGAACAUUACCUUAGUAGGUUGUUUCAGUGUUCGGUUAUCCACUAGCCCACUUCCCCCAUCUCAACUCUAGAACUAUAAUCUAUCAUGUCG